AUGGCUGCCAGCUACACUUGCCAACAGGAUCUUCCUGCCUCUUUGGAUCAGCACCCUGAGUCCAUGAACCAAUCAGGCCUUGGCCCUGACUUUCGGUGUCCAAAGACAGAUGACAUCGGAGCGAAAAGGCAAAGUUUCCAGCGCACACCACCCUCGGCGCGCGGUGGGCAGCGAGCGCGUCCCCCCGCGCAGCCCGGAAUCCGGGAGGACGUCCGUCGUCCCCGCCGGGAACAGCCGCAGCCCCAGAUCGAUCCCGACCCCGCCACCGACCUCCACACACCGAGCUCACAGCCAAAUGUUACGGAGCUUCUCCCCGCGCAGAAGUGGAGGUGGAGUGUGGGGGGGGGGCGGACUUCUCUUCAAGUCCGACCACAGGACCGAGCGCCCGGCCCGCCGCCGGCACGAAACGCGAGAGCCCGCGCCUCGGGGAGCCGGGGGAAGGAACGCAGGGCUUCCGAUGCCCCCCGGAGAACUCCUUCAACUUUCCCGGAGGAGACGUCCACCACCGUCCCUGCCCGGCCCCGAAGGCGCACGGGGCGCGCACUGCGAAGCAGCCCGCGACAAGCCCGGCGCGGCGGAGCUCCCCGCGGCCACGCCGCCGCGCCCGUCCGUCGGGGAGAGAAGGGGAGGCGGGGAGACAGCCCUCCUUCACCCCACCCCCAGGACGACGACGACCCCGCGGGGCCGACCACCACCCCGCGCGGAGCCUCCGCCCCGCCGCCGCGCACCUCCGAACCCCCCCCCAUCCGAGCCCCAUCCCAGCCGGAGCGGCCUCGUCCCGGGCUGUCCCUCUCCGGCCGGCUCGCCCUCCCGCGCCGGCACCCCCACCUCAGCCCAGCCCGACCCCCCUCACCCCAGCCGCCGCCCCUUCCACCACCGCCGCCGCCGCCGCCGUCCCCGGGCCCUCACCGUGUCUCCGGCGCGGCCGGCGGGCGGCACUCCGCGCAGCCCGGAGCCGCCUCCUUCAGCCCGGGACUCGCCGGGACGUCGGCGCACGGAUCCCCGCACCGGGGCUAUUUUUAG